AUGACACCGAAGGUUACAAAGCACAAGCAGGAGAGGGUGAGCAUAAAGGAGAGUCGGCAAUUGCAUCAGGACAUAAAUGGCUGGAAAGUCGCCGAUGACGCCGCACAAGACAGUGGCCCUGGUAUCGCGCAUCCCAAGACGACCAUCACGAACACCAAGUACCCGCUUCUGGAGACUUGGGAAGAGCUUGGAGUAGCCGAAGCCGAAAAGAUCACUCACAAACACAAGAACAUCACAGGGUGGUUGCUGCCGGAAAUUCUGCCAGUCCUGGUUCAUGUCGCAGCUCCCCAAGCAGGCCGCUUCACGCGGGAGGUACAGUCCGACAUUGACACUAUGAACUCCAUCGAAGCUGUCAAGGAUCUUGUGAAGGACAGCCUGAUUUUCGAACUCAAGCGCACCAACAUCGAAGUAAGCAAGACCCGAUUUGCUGGAUUGAUGGUAUACGGGCCUUCCACCGAGUUCAGACGCGAAACCAUCAAGAGCUUCACACGUGGACUUUUCCUUCAAGAGGCCGCCUUCAAAAAGUGGUGGCUGACUGUCAAUAUGUCCCACCGAGUACCGGGUGACAUGGUCAAGAUCGCAGUUGUCUUGUGGCAUGCAGACGAGGCGGCCGUGAAACAAGUCACGUUGCCCAACUUUUGGACCGAUGAGACUACCAGGAUACUAGGAAACCACCUGGAGAAGCUCGAGAUGCCAGGCUGGGAUCUCGAUAUUGAGAAAGGCUGUUGCAACUAUGUCCAAAUGCAACAGCAGGUGUUGGAAGCAAGAGCGAGGGCCGUGGAAGCUGAAACAAAAGCAAUGAAAGCCAAUGAUCUGGGGGGAGUGUGGCAGAAGGAGAAGGGAGACCUGGAAACUCGAAUGAAAACGCUUGAAGCGAGUAGUCACGGUUUGGAGCAAAUGGUGAACAAGUUGACUAAAUCGAAGGAUGAUCUUGUGCACGCCAUCGAAGCGUACGACAUGGAGGAGGUCGCUCGUCUUGUGGCUAAUUGGAAGAGGAGCAGCAGGCGCAGAGCCAAGUCCAAGACUCAAACGUCUGUCGAUGCGGGCGAAGCUUCUGGUAAUGAGGAAGAGAUCCCAGCUAGACAUGAAGAUGUGGAGAUGGCUGAUGGCUGCGACGAUCCCAAAGAUAGCGACUAUGUUGAGGAGUAA